AUAAUAAAUGGACAAGUGCAACGAACAUCUUCAGAUUAAGCCGGCACGUCACAAACGCAGCUAUGAAAACCAACACCAGUCGCAAAUUGUAUUUAGUGUGGACUCAAACCAAUCCACUGAUUUUGUCGUAGCCGAGUUCCAUUUUGCUUACUUUUAUUUGUUAGUCUUCUGCCGGGGAGACUGCAAAACCUGCUGCUUCAAAUGCCAAUAGAGCGAGAAAGACUGCAGCAUGACAGAAGGUGGCUUCCAGUGGCGUGGUGGCUUCAGGGAGCAGGAGACAAUACACGAGCGGCUUGGACAGCGACACUAUACCUAUGCCGAGUUCACCGCCUUCAGAUCGAAGGUCAACUAUAAUCAGGAGCCACGAUAUGCCCCUUUGGGCAUGGACAUUGUGUACAAAUUCAUCCACUUUCUGUUCGAGCAUUUUCAACAUCUUGGCGGCGAAUUGCCACCGGGCUACAUAGUGUUCAAGAGAAACGAUACUCUCGAUUUGGGGCCCAAGGCGGAUCUAAAUGACUGGCGAGAUUUGCUGAAGAGUUACUGGUUGGCUUACUUCUGGGUGAUGUUCUUGCUCUUCCUCAUCAUAGCCAUGCCAUUCAUAGCCGUGGGUUAUUGCUGUCUCUGCUGCUGUCGACGUUGCCCGGAAGGAGAGCCACCCAUCGACCUUAAGAGGGAUCGGUUGUGGCGCCUCUUCUGGGCUUCUCUGCUGGUGCUGCUCAUCAUCGGAAUGCUAUUUGGAAUCUAUAUUGCUAUCGAUACCAACAGAUUGAUGGAUCGUGGCUUGGAGAAUACAAAGGCAGCAAUUCGAAUUGCCAGCGAAGAUGCUUGCACUUACCUCAGGGAAGUCUCGAAUCACGUCCAGCAUUUACUUGUGAAUAACUACGAGGAGAUGGACACACAUCUAAGCGACAUUUUGUCGAAUGCACAUACGCACAUAUUUUUGGAUCUGAUGGAUGUGUCCGAGGCGAAUGCGCUGUUUGAUCUGGAACUCAUAUUGGAUAACAUGAAGAAGGCCCAAAAACUUUUGUGGGAAGUCGAGAAAUUGAAGAGGGACUUACACUUUUACGGCACGCAGCUACGAGAUGGCAUUCGUGGCGUUAAGCGCGAUGUGAACUUCGCCUGUGCUGUGCUCUGCGGCAAUCGCGAAUGCCUGCGCUUUCUAAGGCACACAGAUAUUCAGUAUCUAGAUACAUCAAAAUGUCUUCACUUCGACAAGCUGCCAGAUAUCAAACCCUAUUUGAUUGCAAUGGAAGCAAUCAUUGCUAAGGAUAUUGGUAAGACAAUCAGGCACGGAAUACAGCGAUUACAAGUUGUGGGCGAGUCGAUUAGGAGCAAAUUGGAUCCGUUUAUACGACCACUGCUGCGAGAUGUUCAUCGUGGCCAAGAAUUGUAUCGCAUUCAAGCAAAGUCAAUGCGCAACGUUAUCGAUACAAUUAUCAAGGACAUCAGCUUGAAUACGGUCAAAUCCACUGGUAUGUUUAAGAGCUUUCACGAUAAAUACGAUUACCAUCGCAGCAGCAUCAAUAUCACUGUCUUUCUCUUUCUCCUCAUUAUUGUGAUUACGCUGAUUGGUGGUCUGGUAUUCGGUAUUUUUGGGCCUCAUCGACGUGAAUACGGCAAUAAGUUGUGGAACAAGCGCACAGGAGCUUGGUGCUUGCUACUCGCCAUAAUCCUGAUAUUCAGCGUGUUCUCGCUUGUCGUGCUGGUUGGCCUGUUUUACUUUGUCUUUGGGCUGAUAACCUAUCUGAGUGCCUGUGCACCGCUGACCAGUGCAGAAUCGAAUGUAAUAUUUCGAUACCUCGACUCGACUAUCUAUAUGAAUCUGUAUUGGCCAAAGAGCCAGAAAGAGCCCAAGCAAGAGGCGAACGCAUUUCUGCGAAUGUCGAGCUUAAUCAAGGAUUGCCACGCUGAUGAAUACAUUUUCAAUCUGCUGCAGAAUAAGAAAUUGUAUAAUAUUGAUGAUAUCAUAAGCUUAAAGUUCAUCGGCAGUUUGCCGAAAGUGAAAAUAUUUGAGGAUCAGUUGGUCAACAGCUUGGCCAUACUCACCGAGAAGGAUAGUCGAGUUCUGAAGCAUUUGCGAUCGACUCAUUUGUCGAGUUUUCACAGUGGAUUAUUCACCGACUUCCUGUGCAAUGAACUGACUCCAGUCGAUUUGCCCACAACGGUUAGUCAACUGAAGAAGCUGCAUAGCAGCUUAGAAACCGAUUGGAACAUUUAUGAAUUUGCCCGAACAGCCCUGGACAAUGAGGCGUCUAAUCUGCAGAGAUAUCAUGAUGUCUACAUUAGCAAGAUUCAGUCCAUUAUUAAAAAGAUGAGACAAAAACUGUUGGCGAUCGACAAACUGAUAUUAUAUAAUGGUCGGCCAUUUAACCAGACCAUUCAGCUACUGCACGAUGCAGCUAAACGGGCCGAGAUGUUCAUCAAAGUGUCCGGCGAGCGUUAUGUGAAUGUGGUCUUUGCUAAUAUGACCGCUUUCAUCAACGACGAGAUCGCCGACUAUGUCAAUAUGGUGCUGGACCAGUGUCACCGAAGUGUCGGCAAUUGUGCACCGCUUUCGCGUAUCUACAAUCGUAGUACGGAUUUGGUUUGCAGACGUCUCGUCGAUCCCAUGAAUGGUUUCUGGGUGGGCGUGAUUCUAGCUGCCCUGCUUCUGUUGCCCGCACUUUUUGUGGCCCACCGUUUGAUGUGCAUUUACAACCGGAUCUCCCCACUUGCGGGCAUUGUUCGUGCAAGCGUUGCACCAUUGGGCGCACCGUUGGGCUUUCAGCAAACCUUUUCGCUCCAUCAUGAAAUGACUGAGAAUCGUUCUAAGGCGGAGAAUAGAACCACUCCGAUGUCGUCAACGCCGGAUCUGGCGUCCUCAAGCAACAAAAGUAGCAGGCAUAAAAAGCAAGAAUAGCAAAUGAAAUACAUUUAAAAAAGUGUUACAAAUUUACACAAUCGAAAUAAUUAGUAAA